GCAUUCACCUAUUCCACCAACUCAACAUCUAUGAAGAGCAAAUUUUGUAGAGUUUUUGUCAAUGGUAAGUCGUUGUAGAUGAAUUAUUGAAGUUUCGAGAGAGUGACUAUAAAGUCUUGUAAAUGAAUGGGCGAGUUCAAUGUCACUGGUGUUCGAGCUUUAUCGUCAAUGGUAAAGCUAUAUUGGAAGUUUCCCCACACAAAGUCAACCGCUCAAGGACACAGACUGGAGACACACAGGGAACAUAUCAUGAAACGCUCCGUCAUUUCAUCUACAGCUAGCCACCGUCACCGCGACAAAGAGGUUGCUCCACCACGCCCACCGCCAAAGAGGUUGCGCCGCCACCUCAUCAGUUUGUACCCACUUAUCAUCACAAUUGCAUGAAUCCAAUCUGUCCGUAUCUUUGUGGCACCAGCCAUUUCCAUGGAACCAUACAGAUAAAUCCAAAAGGCAAGUAGUGUAGUAUUUUGGAAUAAAAACCCAGAACAUCGCGUUGGAGAGAGAUAUCACAGAAUCCCAAUGUUCUUGUCCAAAUCCUUGCACCCCUUAUCUCCUUGUCGAAAAACACCAUUCUCUCAGCAUCAAUCAAAUAGUUAAAACCCAGCAAGCAUAUUAAUCUCUGAUUAUUGAUCCAUCUCGAUGAAAAAGAACCAGCUUCAAAGAUUGAAAUUUCGGCAGAUAGUUAAAUUUGCAUAUGGCGAGUGGUUUUACUCUGAAGGAAGAUGCUCAUAUUGCAAAUGUCAAUGGCAGCGGUGCUGAAAGUAGUAGUGAGAGUCCAUUAAUGACUACUGGCUGCUCUAACGCGCCGCCAUUGCUUCCUACUCUACUGGAUCAAGGCCCGUCGGACAAGGGCAGGUCGACGUUGAGAAAAAGGGCAGCGACGGAGAUGGAACUUCAAGCAGGAAACGGCGGCGCAGACUGCCAUAACAAGUUUCUCCGCCGUACAGCAACACAGCCGCUGGGUGAAUCUGGGGUCUGUUCUUUUAUGGGUGGUGGUGAUCUUACUAGUCCGAAUCCACUACUACGUUCAACCCACGUAGCCAACUACUCCACUAUGAUGUCGAUGUCACCAUCUUCCACGAAUUUGACGUCAGGAAAAUCCGGAUCUGGUUCCGAACCUGCCAUUUCUACUCCAAACCUAAAUUACCAUCAUCAUCUUCAACAUCAACAAGUACAACAAUCCCAAAAUCAAUCUACACCUUCUGUAUGUGUUUUCUCCGGCUUACCUUUGUUCCCUCCUGAGAAAGCCCAGAACCCGGGUUUGCAACUUUCUCCAUCCCCUGGUGCCUUGCUUUUACCGAUCAAUACUACUGCAUCGACCGGUGCAGGUGCAGUUUCCAUGGAGGAGAGUGCAGCAGCAACGGCAUGGAUAGACGGCAUAAUAAAAGAUCUUAUUCACAGCUCAACUAAUGUCUCUAUACCUCAACUAAUCCUCAACGUAAGAGAGAUUAUACACUCUUGCAACCCUAAUCUAGCAGCCCUUCUAGAAUACAGGCUUCGUUCUCUUACUGGUACUGAAUCCUUUACAAAUUACACUGGAAGGAGGAAGGAAGCGUUGCCGCCGGUGAGUUUACAAAGACAUGACCAUCAUGGACAAGGGCAGAUACAGGUAGGGACUUCUGGGCUCAGGUUGUAUAUGGAUGAAAAUUUAUUCACUCAAAGCCUUUCAGAAUCCAUGAAUCAACACUUGAGUUGGCCGGUUGUAACACUACCUGCGACAGCGAAUGCUGCCGGGAUUGGGAACAGCCAUUACCUUCGAAGCAUUCCUAGUGCAGUAACCUCAAUCCCCACUGGUGUUUCUUUUUCUGUGCCUGCAGCAACUAUUGUUAGUAAUUCGAAUGAUCAAGUGCACCAUUCUCCUCAGCCAGAAACCCAUCCCGAGCAGCCUUUGGAGCAGCAGCAACAGAGUCAGACGCCGGCGGCGGUGACACCAACGGCGUCCCCUUAUACAAGCGCAGUGGAAGCAAUCAGGGAGAGGAAAGAAGAAAUGCGACAGAAACAAAAAGACGAAGAAGGCUUACACCUCUUGUCCUUACUCCUCCAGUGUGCAGAGGCUGUAUCAGCUGAAAAUAUGGAGGAAGCAAAUAAAAUGCUGUUAGAAAUCUCUGAACUGGCAACACCAUUUGGCACUUCAGCUCAACGUGUAGCGGCAUAUUUCUCCGAGGCAAUGUCGGCAAGGAUAGUAAACUCGUGCUUGGGAAUAUACGCAGCGCUGCCAGUGGUACCGCAUAGCCAGAAAAUGGCGUCGGCCUUCCAAGUGUUUAACGGGAUCAGCCCUUUUGUGAAGUUUUCUCAUUUCACGGCGAACCAGGCCAUUCAAGAAGCAUUUGAGAGGGAAGAUAGAGUGCACAUUAUAGACCUUGACAUAAUGCAAGGCCUACAAUGGCCUGGACUCUUCCACAUACUGGCUUCGCGGCCUGGUGGACCACCAUUUGUUCGCCUCACCGGGCUGGGCACCUCUAUGGAAGCCCUUGAGGCCACCGGCAAACGGUUAUCUGAUUUUGCAGAGAAAUUGGGAUUACCAUUUGAGUUUGCACCUGUAGCUGAUAAAAUUGGAAACUUAAACCCGCAAAGGUUGAGCAUAAGCGAGACGGAGGCUGUUGCUGUUCACUGGUUGCAGCAUUCUUUCUAUGAUGUCACUGGUUCAGACACCAAUGCCCUUUGGCUCUUGCAAAGAUUAUGCCCAAAAGUGGUGACAGUUGUUGAGCAAGAUUUGAGCCAUGCUGGUUCAUUCUUGGGAAGAUUUGUGGAGGCCAUACAUUACUACUCAGCCUUGUUCGACUCGUUGGGAGAUUGCUAUGGGGAAGAGAGUGAGGAAAGACACAUAGUGGAGCAGCAACUUUUAUCAAGGGAGAUAAGAAAUGUGUUGGCUGUGGGCGGUCCUUCAAGAAGUGGGGAGGUGAAAUUCACUAACUGGAGAGAGAGGUUUCAGCAAUCAGGUUUCAAAGGUGUAUCUUUGGGUGGCAAUGCCGCGGCACAAGCUACUCUUUUACUGGGAAUGUUCCCUUCUGAUGGUUACACCUUGGUGGAGGAUAACGGCGCCUUGAAACUCGGAUGGAGAGAUCUAUGCUUGCUCACUGCCUCGGCGUGGCGGCCCAGCUCCCACCAUUUUCCGACCUCCAUCCACUAGAACUGCCAUUUCCGAACGGCCCCUCUUUCUGAUUACUUCGCAACUUGAUGUUGUUUGAGAAAAUUACUAAUUACUCAUCUUCAAUGAUAGACGUUAAUGAUAUACUUA